CAAACGCCAAGACAUCAUCUUUCAAUUCGCGAGCAGCGAAAUCAACCAUCGCAACACGUACGAUAGGGAGAAGUGCCAGGACAUAUACGGCGAAAGCAAAAUACAAUAAAGCAUAGCAUCUACAUACAUUCACACUUACACAUACGCGCAAUGAGCAAUCACCACACUCGAGUCGAACCAGAUGACUUUUUGUCACCUGCAGCACCAAGCUAUGUCGAGGCGACAUCUUAUUCGGACACAUAUGACAACCCAUUCGAGACAAACAUUCCUCAACGCAUGAACUCACCGUCUAUUGAGCCUGAUGAUGUACCUCUUCCUGGACAGAAGCCCCUCAGCCCAACCAGGAGCUCCUUGCCCAAAGUUUCUGGAAAUAUUGGCUCCAACAGUCAAAGCAAUGGUGGUGGCAGCAGUAGCAAUAACAACAAUCUCAGUGGGAACAUUGGUAGCGGUGCCAGCCUCAGCACUGGGCAGGCUAUGAUGGGGAGUGCUAUUGAUACCCUAGACGAGCCUGUGUCUGAAACUCUUCUCCGCGACCUACGUAAUGUCGGCGCCAAACUUCAGCAAGUUUUGUACCCCAAGGGGCGCAAGGAUAUUCUCAAAGAUUGGGAUCUCUGGGGCCCGCUUUUGAUGUGUUUAACUCUGUCUAUUGUCUUAAGUACCAGGGCACCAACAGAGCAAAAGAUUACAGUAUUUACCUGGAUUUUCAUCAUUGUCUGGCUUGGAUCGGCCGUCGUCACAGUUAAUGCCAAGCUUCUCGGAGGAAGAGUAUCUUUUUUCCAAAGUGUUUGCGUGAUCGGAUACUGCUUGUUCCCGCUUGUGCUUGUCAGUGUGGUAUCUAUAUUUGUGGGCUCCCUCAUCAUCCGACUACCAUUGUGUAUCGUAGCCUUUGGUUGGGCUGCCUGGGCCUCUUUGGGAUUCCUAUCUGACUCAAAUCUCGCCAACCGCCGUGCCCUUGGCGUUUAUCCUUUAUUCUUAUUCUACUUUGUUAUUGCCUGGAUGAUUCUCAUUUCAUAAUCGUAAUAUGCAACUCAAGGGCGAACGAGAUAUAAUAGGAGGCAAAAAAGGCGUCGGUGGUAUUGAAAUGUUUCGAAACAGCAUGAAGCGUAUACCGAAAAGAUAGUGCUAGCGUUGUAUAGUUUCAUUUCUUCUUUUAAAACAAACUUUCUCAACCAGUAGUAAUGUUAUUGCCUACUAUACUCAAAAAUUCUCAUGCAUCUGUCAUAAGGCCCCUAGGUAGACAUUUUUCGAAUAACAUUCUCAACCAGUUCCG